UAGAGAUGGAGAUAGAAUUAGUUCCUUUUCAUUUGCAGAAUGGAGAGAAUUGCGGAAGAUCUUUCUUCUCUACAUUGUUUCUCUCUCAUUUUAAUAAUAUCACCAACUUGUCUGAUUGCCCACAUUCCAAGUCUUAGCACUCCUCCCUCUAUAUAUAUAAGGCCCACUCAGUCUCCCAUCUCAUUUCCCAUUCAUCACUCCAAACCGAAGAGAGAUGCAGAGCUUGAAAGGAGAAGUGGAGCUGAACAUUGGAGCCCAGAGAGCAUGGGAGAUGUACAGAGACAACGACGUCAUCAGCAACAUCAACCCUCAGAUGCUUUCCCUUGCCAAGUACAUCCAAGGCGACGGCAGCCCAGGCAGCCUCAGGCUCUUCCAGCUCGGACCUGCUGUGGAGAGCUACGUGAAGGAAUCGACGGAGAAGAUAGAGAAGGUGGAACCCGGCCGCUCCGUGACGUACAGGGUCAUCGGCGGCGACCUGAGGGACAAGUACGAUCCAUACAGGGUCACCUUCUCCUUCAUCCCUCUCAAAGGACACGAGUCCCACAAAUGCAUUGCUGAGUGGAAGGUCGAGUUCGAGCCACUCUCACCUUCAACCCCUCCCCCGGAACAGGCCAGAGAUGCGGCGCUGGGCUUCCUCAGGUCAUUUGACAAGUUUGAACUCUCCUCCUACUAGCACCACCACCACCUACUGUCUUUCUGUUUGUCUGUCAAGCAACAUGGCCUCACAGACAUCCUCAAAUAAACAAUAAUCUUCUGUAUCGGGUGUUGUAAUUAUCAAGAAUUGUUGUUGUGGUGGUGAUGGUGGUAAAUGAAAUAACUUGCUGCUCUUCUUUGCCUCUCUUCUAAUGAUCAGCAGUCAGAACUGAAUCCUGAACAAAGAACAAUCCAAGAGAUAAAGCCACAACCAGAAAUUCGUCGUUUUAACAAAGGAAAUAGAGGGAU